GUUUGGAGAGAAGAAGCUCGUUUCGAUAUUGCAUGAAAACAUAAGCAGAAAGGCUCUUUUGAUGGUGAAGAUGAUUAAUUUCUUGGAGAAAGGGUGAAGGAGACGAAGAAGAGUUUAAGGAUGAAGAUGAAGCUGUGUGGAAGAGGACCAUCAUCAUGGGAGAGCGGUGUCGCCCGUUGGAUUUUUCCGGGAAAAUUGUUUAUGAUUCUCAAGGAAAUCUUCUGCCCAAUUGAUCAUCAUCCCAGUCAAAAAGUUCACCUUGCUUCUUUUAAAAAAUUGUCGGUGCUUUUUCAUGUAUGGAAUGGAAUGGCUACUUCUGAAUAAGGAAGAUCGAGCAGCUACAGGAUAUUCGAUUUGAAGCGGUUGGACACUUGGGCCUUCAUUUUUAAAACAAUUACCAUAAAACUAGGGAAAAAAAUAAUAUCAAUAAAUAAAUAAAAGGUCGUCGACACAAGUUCCCAUCCUCUUCGUAUUGUGUCAACACGUGUCCCACUUCUUCACCCAUAUAAUGCCACGUAGCAAGCUCGCUUCCUUUUUCAAAUCUUACAAACCUCAUAAAUAUCUACUACAUACACAAAUAUCUCACACACGCACGCAUAUAUAUAGAGAACGAGAGGGGGUCAUUAAUUGGAAUCUCGAGAUGAUAUGCAUCGAGUGCGGUACGAGAAGUAACCCUUGCCGGUGCAAGGUAUUUGGGCCCACACUUGGGUUCUUGGCGUUUGUGGCCACGGCGGUGGUGGAAUGGCCGGUGGGCGCCCUCGUCUUCUGCUUCCGCCACUCGACGGGCCGCCGCAUCAUGGCUCACCCGGCCACCGUUGUUUACCCUUCCGUGUCCGGGGCCAUUCCCAUUUGAGUCUCUCUUAAUUGGAUGUUGUUGCCUAAUAAAAGAUAUGUUAGGGCUUUUUUUUUUCUUUUCUUUUUUUUUUUCUUUUCUUUUUUUUUUUGUGGUAUUAUUAUAUGCUAAAACUACUUAUGUUGAAUUUUAUUUUAUUUUUCUGUACCUAUUUUUGAAUAAAUAAAAGAGUAAUUUUCCAUAA